UACAAAGCAAGAUUGGUAGCAAAAGGAUAUAGUCAAACAUAUGGCAUUGAUUAUGAUGAGACAUUUGCCCCUGUUGCAAAGAUGAGCACUGUUAGAACAUUGAUCUCCUGUGCUGCUAACUUUGAAUGGCCACUAUAUCAGUUGGAUGUUAAGAAUGCAUUCUUGCAUGGAGAUCUUCAGGAAGAAGUUUAUAUGGAAAUUCCACCUGGAUUUGAUACCGCUCAAACUAAGGGAAAGGCAUUGAAACUAAAGAAAUCUUUGUAUGGUCUAAAGCAAUCGCCAAGGGCAUGGUUUGAUCGCUUUAGGCGGGCGAUGUGUAAGAUGGGAUACAGGCAAUGCAAUGGGGACCACACUGUAUUUUAUCAUCACUGUAAUAAUCGAGUAACUAUUCUUGCAGUCUAUGUGGAUGAUAUAAUUAUUACUGGAGAUGACACUUUAGAAAUAGCUCGGCUGAAAAAGAAUCUAAGCAAAGAGUUUGAAGUCAAGGAUCUUGGACAACUUAGAUAUUUUUUGGGUAUCGAAAUAGCAAGAUCUCCUAAAGGGAUUGUUCUUUCACAACGGAAGUAUGUAUUGGAUUUGCUAAAUGAGACAGGUAUGCUUGGAUGUCGCACAGCUUCUACACCUAUCGAGCAGAACCACAAAUUAUGUGCUCAGUCUGGAGAUCCGGUGGAUAAAGAGAAAUAUCAAAGACUUGUAGGACGUUUGAUUUAUUUAUGUCAUACAAGGCCUGAUAUAACAUAUGCCGUAAGUGUGGUGAGUCGAUACAUGCAUGAUCCUAGGAGUGGGCAUAUGGAUGCAGUCUGCAGAAUCUUGCGAUAUCUGAAGAGUAAUCCUGGAAAAGGACUAUGGUUCAAGAGAAAUGAUCACCUAAAUAUUGAAGGUUACUGUGAUGCGGAUUGGGCAAGCUGUUUGGAUGAUAGAAGGUCAACAUCUGGCUAUUGUGCAUUUGUUGGAGGAAAUUUAGUAUCAUGGAGGAGCAAAAAACAACCAGUAGUGUCUCGCUCAACUGCGGAGGCAGAAUAUAGAGCCAUGUCCGUGUGUUUAAGUGAGAUGUUAUGGUUAAAGAAUUUAUUAUCUGAGUUGAAACUAGGGGGAGUUUAUCUAAAGCUCUGGUGUGAUAACAAGGCAGCGAUCAACAUUGCUAAUAACCCAGUUCAACAUGAUAGAACUAAGCAUGUGGAGAUUGAUCGCUUCUUUAUCAAGGAGCGGCUAGAUGAUGGAACACUUAAACUGAGUCAUGUAGCUUCAAGUGAGCAAGUAGCUGAUUGUUUAACAAAAGGUUUAGGAGUUAAUGAAUGUAUGUUAGCAUGUAACAAGAUGGGGAUGAUUGAUAUCUAUCGCCCAUCUUGAGGGGGAGUGUUGGGCUGUAUAUGAUUUGUAAGUUAUUGGAUUUGGCCCAAGAGGCCCAUAUAUGUAUAUGUAUAUGUACUCAGACUCAAGAGAUAGAGGGUGACUCCAGAAAAUUCUCCAAA